AUGUCUCGACGUGUAGUGAGCUCCAACUUCCAAUCGGAAACGAGUCGGUGGGAGGAAUCUACUGCUUCUGAAAAUCGUCAAAACUAUAGACAGCCGCUGAAAAUUGAGGUAAACGAGGAAAGUUCUCAGAACCGUCGGUCGGCUUUGAGCUGUUCUUCUUCUUCCAACUCGUCCAUCUGCUCCCAAAGCUCUUCUUGCACGACGGAUAGGUAUUACAGUCACAGUUUUCUGAUCAAAUUGCAGGAAUAGCUUGCUUAAAAUCGAAUUUCGACCAUGUGCUGUGCACCCACCAGCAACUAACCGCGACAAUUUUUGUCAAGUGAGCUCAGUAUUACAGAAAAGUGAAUUUCUGGCUUAACAUGAAUUUUAGUUGCAUGGAAAUCAGUAUAGCUCAAGGUCUGACUCGAAUCGAACGCACACCAGCUCGAUAGUGUAGUCGCAGAAGUAUAAUUUUAUUCAGUAUGAGUUCAGGCCAAGAACGGGGAUGAGUAGAGGAUCAGCUUCACAAAAUUCUCAUGGAAGGUAAUUUGUCCUAGAAAUAGCUUUCUUUGUUGGUUACAGAAGCGGGUUUCCGAAAACUGCCAUUUUAUUGUCAAUUUUUAAAUCAGCAUAAAAAAUUUUCCGCACAUAUUUAACGAAAAAUAGUGAGCUUAGCCAUAACAAAAAAAAAAUUUUUGGCGUCAUUCAAUAUACAUAGCCGCCGAUGUCUAAGUUUGAAUUCUGAAGUUUUCUGCUUGUUUCUUCUUCGUUAUUGACCAUUUUAGAUUGGUUUAGAGAAAUUUGAUUACGUUACUGUAUCGUGAAGCUUAACACUGAGGUUUAAAAAAAGAAAAAGAAACAAAAAAGCAUGAACCUUUCGUCCUUAAAGAGAUUUUGAAAAUUCAACAAGUCGUUUUCUUUCGACUUUCUACCGGAUUUCCACCUCCGAAAUAAAAAUCCUAUAGCCGCGGUGGAAGCCGCUUGUCAUCCCUCGGCAACUUGUUCACAUCUUUGUUCAGCUUCUUUGAAACGAACCCGGUAAGGUUUCAUACCAUGAAAUGUUUAUUAACCUUCAGACUGCUGGAAAAAUGGUUCUCGCUGCAAUUGGCUUGUACCUGGUGCUCUGCUCGAUAGAAGUCAUCCUUCCAAAAAUCGUCGAACUUUUUGUCCGGUACAAAAAGCAAGUCUACUAGCUUCAAAGUUUAUUCAGCAUGCUUUAUCCGGGAGUUCGUUACACGACAGUAGCGUUUGAGCAACUUUUUGGAGCCAUUACCAAUCUUUUCACUCGCGCCGAUCAAGUUAUUCAUGUACGUUCAAACGAAUAUCGUUCAGCCAGUCUCUCAAGUGGUUAUUCCGGAACUUUUUUUUUUUUAGGCCACGUAUUGCGACUUCGCGACGCGUUGGUGUCAGUCGCACAGACUGAUGUGCGACGUCCGUUGCUCCUUCGUCGAGCAGGCUUUUGCCCAAGCGCGUUCCCAACUCGCUCCGCCUCCUCAGCUUUGA